GUGCAUUUAAGAUGUUGAACACUCACUGGUUCAAUGUCGUAUACUGCCAAUGCUAACGUCGUAAACAAUGUCUCUAUCAAAUGUUGCUUUGCUUACCAUAUAUUUUGUCUCUCACCACAACUAUAUCAUCAAAGACUUCUUCACACCUCACAUCCAUCAUCUAUAAAAAGCGUGUCAGAUACCAAACAUGCGUUCAAACAGAAGUGUCCAUACUAUAUAACUCAUUAUCAGUAUCACCUCCACCCCACUUUUUCACUUAAUCUUGGACUCUUCUUUGCAAUAAUAGAGAUAAAGCCCUUUAAAUAAGACUAAAAAAUAUGUGAGGAUUUUGCACCUUUAAAUUUCAGAGGUGGUGCUUCAUUCCAUGGUGCAGCUGAAGCGGGAUAGAAAAAAGACAGAUUCACAUGACCAAGUCCCAUAUUGUACUAUCUCAUAUACUUGAAGUGGUGGGACUCCUUUUCCAUUUUUCAAAUUCAGCCAUAACCAUAGUUUUCUGUCUCAUUCUUAUAAACCUCUGACAAUAUAUAUUCACGUCAAACUUUCAUCCUGUGUAUUAUUCGACACUAUAUAAUACACAGUACUACACACUAUACACCCUCUCUAAAUUUCCACACAAAUUCACUAGUUGAGAGAGUAAUAUCCAUGGAUGCUAGAAACUUGUUGGUUCUUCUUUCCUUUGGUAUAACACUAGUUUUACUUGUUACCUGGUUUCACCUUCCAUUAUUAUCACUCACUAACAAAGAAGCUCUAAACUGCAACAUUUACUCUGGAUGGUGCACCUCAAAGAACCGUUUCCACUCUUCUUCAUCAGACCCCAAUCCAAUCAACAAACCAACAACAUUCUCCAAUCACCACCAACAACUGAAACACGAAUUUGAUGUUCCUCGCCACCCUCUAGACCCUCUAACCAUCCAAGAGUUCAAUGAGGUUCGCGCUGUCCUAUCCACACACCCUCUCUUUAAGUCCUCAAACAGUUACACUCUCAAUUCCCUUGUCCUAGAAGAACCAGACAAAGAACUUGUUCUCAAAUGGAAAAAGGGUCAACCAUUACUUCCUAGGAAAGCUUCAAUCGUUGCACUUGUGAAAGGUGUCACUCACACUCUCACCGUUGACCUUAACACAAAUCAGAUAACUAACCAUGAAACAAGUCCAGCUGCUGGAUACCCUACCAUGACCAUUGAGGAAAUGAUGAGUGUACUUGAUGUUCCAUUGAAGAACAAUGAGUUCAAUAACACAAUCACUAAACACGGCGUCGACUUAGCAGACCUUGUAUGCCUUCCACUCUCUUCAGGGUGGUAUGGAACACCAGUGGAAGAGAAUAUAAGGUUGAUUAAGGUGCAGUGUUAUUCAAGAAAAGGCUCUGUUAACUUCUACAUGAAACCAAUAGAAGGUGUCACUGUAUUAGUUGAUAUGGAUAAAAAAGAGGUCGUUUCCAUUACAGAUAAUGGCCAAAACAUUCCUAUUGCAAAUGGUGUCGACACUGAUUACCGUUACUCCGUUCAGAAGCUCAAUAAAGAGUUGAAGCUGAUAAAUCCAAUAUCCUUGGAACAACCAAAGGGUCCAAGCUUUACAGUUGAUGGACAUAUAGUGAAAUGGGCUAACUGGGAAUUUCAUCUGAAACCUGACCCUAGAGCUGGAAUAAUCAUUUCUCAAGCUAAGGUGAGAGAUCCAGAUACAUCAGAGUUGAGAAGUGUUAUCUACAAAGGGUUCACAUCGGAACUUUUUGUGCCUUAUAUGGACCCUACUGAUGGAUGGUAUUUUAAGACAUACAUGGAUGCUGGUGAAUAUGGAUUUGGGUUGCAGGCAAUGCCUUUAGACCCUUUGAAUGAUUGUCCAAGGAAUGCAUACUACAUGGAUGGAGUGUUUGCAUCUGCUGAUGGAACACCCUUUAUACAACCAAACAUGAUUUGCAUUUUUGAGAGUUAUGCUGGUGACAUUGCUUGGCGACAUGCCGAGUGUCCCAUCACUGACAUGAGGGUUACAGAAGUGAGGCCAAAAGUAACACUGGUGGUUAGAAUGGCAGCAGCAGUAGCAAACUAUGACUAUAUUAUGGAUUGGGAAUUUCAAACCGAUGGACUAAUCAGAUCCAAGGUUGGACUAAGUGGUAUCUUGAUGGUGAAAGGAACAACCUAUGAGAACAUGAACCAAGUACCAGACCAAGAAUAUCUCUAUGGAACCCUUUUGAGUGAAAACAUUAUUGGUGUAAUCCAUGACCAUUUUAUCACAUAUUACCUUGACAUGGACGUUGAUGGCUCAGACAAUUCAUUUGUAAAGGUAAAUAUCAAGAGACAAGAGACCUCUCCAGGAGAGUCACCAAGAAAGAGCUACCUGAAAGCUGUGAGAAAAGUUGCUAAGACAGAAAAAGAUGCUCAAAUAAAGCUUCAACUCUAUGACCCAUCUGAAUUUCAUGUGGUAAACUCGUUGAAGAAAACAAAAGUGGGGAACCCUGUUGGGUACAAAUUGGUUCCGGGUGCCACAGCAGCUAGCUUACUUGAUCCUGAAGAUCCCCCACAAAAGAGAGCAGCUUUUACAAACAACCAAAUAUGGGUCACUCCUUACAACAAGAGUGAGCAAUGGGCUGGUGGCUUGCUUGUUUACCAGAGCCAAGGCGAUGAUACUCUUCAAGUCUGGUCCAACAGGGAUCGUCCAAUUGAGAAUAAGGACAUUGUGUUGUGGUACACAGUGGGGUUCCAUCACGUACCAUGUCAAGAGGACUACCCUAUCAUGCCUACUGUAUCUUCAAGUUUUGACUUGAAGCCUGUCAAUUUCUUUGAAAGAAAUCCAAUCCUAAGAAUGCCUCCCAAUUUCAAAGAUGAUUUGCCUGUUUGCAAGGCACAAGAUUCCGCUUGAGAUUCUAUCUGUUGUUUUUAGUCUAACUAUUUAUAUUUAUAUGAAUGAUGACGAAACUCAUAGAUUUAAAUAAUUAGUAAUGGCAUAUGAUGCAAUAGUUGUAGAGAAUCUAAUUUCUAAACUUCACUGUCUUGUGCAAGUUGUGUUAUUCGUGUCUUGUACACGCCAAAUAAACAAAUCAGGAGUUGGUCUAGUGGAAGUAUAUUAAUUCCCCAAUAGAGACAUAAUAAAUGUCAAGAUUCUACUUUUGUUGUA